GUUUAGUGUCCAGUUCCAAAUUGCAGAACAGAGAGGUCUUUGAACGUUGUCGACCUUUCAAUUAGCUUGGAAUAAACCCAGCUCCGGAUCUUCUUAGUUGGUGUUGUAUCUACACCACGAAAGAGGGACAUCCUAUCCCGGGUACAUCGCACACAAGCGAAUUUCAUUACUGUUCGUCGCAAAUCUACAAUGGCACCACAUCUCGGCCACGAGGAGUUUUUCUCCUCCCUCUCCGACCUCCUAUCCAAGACCUCCCAGAAAGCCCGAGGCUCCGUCUUUCUUACCCAGAAGCCUCUCAUUGACAGCACCGCAUCAUUAGAGAAUGUGUCCUCCUCAUCGCGGCCAUCUAUCCUCAUCCGAGCAACAGACGGCAACACCAACGCUCCCAAUCCGAAGAACAACAAGGUCGGGAAGAAGACCGUCUCAAAAGUGAAGCUGUCGACGAUAGUGGCGCCGGAGGACCUCGAGGCUUUCUAUACCCGCUAUGCGGAGGUCUGCAAGGCGGGGAUGACAGGCUUGAAGAAGAGGGAUCGUAAGAAGGGCAAGGCUAAGGCGAAGGGUGGUGCAAAGGCUGCUAAGGCUUAAGCAUACGGAUCGGCACUUUGAUGGGCGAUGUUGUUGAGUUUGGUCCUGUUUGUUCUUUGCAUUGAUGGCGUUGUCUGGUCAUUUUACUUUCCUGUGAUUCCAUUCUUUUUUUCUUGUUCGUUUCAUGUUGAUAUGUUAGAUAUACAUAUACCUAGACCGGUUGAUGAGCCGAGGACCUGGACCGAAUCGAGCAAUGAACGAUUCAAUCUUA